UUUUGUAAUACAUUGAAUUGAACUCUUAGGGCCGCUAUUGGCCAAUCUCUGAUAAUUGUGCAGGUUUCAGCAGUACCUCCCCCAUCGUCUUUUCUUUUCUUAAAUCCGAGGAAACAGACACGCAGUCCGAAUAUUAGAGGGUAAGAGAGCAGUCAUCGUCGACGCGGAGAGCUGCAGUUUACUGUAAUUCGUUAAUUUCUUCAAAUUGUUGUUUAUACCGAGGAAAUCGAUCGGAUUUUAUUUCCAACGGAAAAAAACGGGAUUCAUGUUGCAUGGAAAUGCCAGACAGAACAAUGAGGCGGCAAGUGUUGUUGUUUAUCUCAAUCCUUUCUCUCACAUCGGUGCUCUGUCAGGUCAGCUACUCCAUUCCUGAAGAAUUGGCAAAAGGCUCAUUAAUCGGUAACAUUGCUCAGGAUUUAGGUUUAGACAGAAAAAGACUAACGUUAGGCAAAGCUCGGAUUUUUACAGGAGACAGCGCAGAGUACAUUGAGCUGAACAGAGAACGAGGAGUCCUCCUUAUCAAGGAGAAAAUAGACAGAGAGACACUAUGUGGACAGACGACGCCCUGUGCUUUGCAUUUCCAGGUUAUUUUAGAAAGUCCAAUGGAAUAUUACACUGUUGCAGUCGAAAUCACAGAUAUAAAUGAUAACACCCCAAUAUUUGAAAAAUCUGACAUGGUUUUUAAAAUAAGUGAAUCUGCUGUAAUAGGAUCAAAAUUCUUGUUAGAGAGAGCAAUAGAUCCCGAUGUUGGCACGAAUAGUCUACAGAGUUAUUUUCUGACCAAAACCGAAAAUUUUGUUCUGAAAUUGAAAGAUCAGCCCGAUGGAGAAAAAAUAGUUGAAAUGAUUUUACAAAAGUCACUUGAUAGAGAAAAACAGGAGGAGAUAUUUCUAGUGUUAGCUGCGGUUGAUGGAGGGAAACCAAGCCUAUCUGGUACGGCACAGAUACAUGUCACAGUGCUUGAUGCCAAUGACAAUGCACCUGUUUUUAAAAAGAGCGAUUAUAGAGCUACAAUACCUGAGAACGCCCCUAAAGGUACAGUUAUAACCAAGGUCAGUGCUUCAGAUGCUGAUAAAGGGCCAAAUUCCAAGGUUACGUAUUCAAUAUCCAACACAGCUGCAGAUGUACGAGGCAUGUUUGAAAUUAAUGAAUUAAACGGGGAUUUGAUUUCAAAAAGUAAUGUAGAUUAUGAAAAGGGACGCUACUAUCAAAUACACGUGCAAGCAAGUGAUGAAGGGGGGCUGACAGAUUCAUGUAAGAUUACGGUUGAAGUAAUAGACAUGAAUGAUAACAAGCCAAUCAUUAAUAUAAUGUCACAGACUAAUGUAGUUUCCGAAGAUUCUAAACCAUCAACAGUUGUGACUAUGGUAAAUGUUCAGGACCUAGAUUCCGGAGAUAAUGGCAAGGUUCACUGCGCAAUAAAUGAACAUAUUCCUGUUACGUUGAAGCCAACGUCAAAUAUGUUUUUUAAUCUAGUUAUAGACAGUGAUUUAGACAGAGAGACAGCCUCUGAGUACAAUAUAACUGUGACCUGCUCUGAUGAGGGAGUGCCCUCCCUCUCCAGCAGCGUCACUCUCACCUUACAGAUCUCUGAUGUGAAUGAUAAUGCGCCUGUCUUUGAGAGGAGCUCAUAUGAGGCCUACAUUGUAGAAAACAACACACCAGGCCUCUCUAUAUUCACAGUGAAAGCCAGAGACGCUGACUGGAACCAGAAUGCCCGUGUUUCUUACAUACUGGAGGACUCCUCUGUUAACGGAGUGCCGGUCUCCUCAUAUGUGUCCGUUAGUGCUGAUAGUGGAGUCAUCCAUGCAGUGCGCUCUUUUGACUAUGAGCAAAUCAAAGACUUCCACUUCCGCGUCAAAGCACAGGAUGGAGGCUCUCCUCCACUCAGUAGCAAUGUGACUGUGAAAAUACUGAUCCAGGACCAGAACGACAACCCUCCUCAGGUUCUGUACCCAGUCCAGACUGGUGGCUCUCUGGUGGCUGAAAUGGUUCCUCGUUUAGCAGAUGUGGGCUAUCUGGUCACUAAAGUGGUGGCUGUUGAUUUGGACUCUGGACAGAAUGCCUGGCUCUCCUAUAAACUGCAGAAAGCCACAGACAGGGCGCUGUUUGAAGUGGGC